UUUAAGAUUACUCAUAAUGCUUGAAAUUGGUGUUGUUUUAUCAACACUUUUGUUUAAAAUCGUAUUGAGCAAAGAAAUUUUGAGGAGUGUGGCUUCUCCUGAUUACAUCAAAGUAGUAGAAGUUCAAGAUCAAGGCUAUGAGCAAUAUGAGCUUGAUGAUAGCAUGAAACUCGAUCCUAAUGACUUCGAUGUUGUUAUGUUUGAGACACACACCAAGAGAAUUCUCCAGGCUUCCAACACCACCUCCACUGCUGCUGGUAAUGGGACUGUCAAUAUCGAGCCUUUCAAAAUGUACACAGUGACUGUGACUUCAAGAGCCUCGAACAGCGCUCUCAGAAACAACGGAGAAGACAAGUUCUACGUCCGGAUCCAGAACGAGUGCACUUACUCCAACCAGACGACUUGCACGGAAGUGGGCGGAGCGGCCAACACAGUGCCGACUCCAUACGAAGGACUGAUGACUUAUAAUGGAGACUCUACUUACUCGUACAAUUACAUACUCAGCGUAACAGGCAAGAUAUCCGUGACGGUUUUUCUCAGGAACACUGGCAGGGUCAUGAUCGAGUGGCAUAGGAAUGAAUAUCUAUCAAAUUUUUAUUCAAAUGCAGAAUCUACCCAAAUUAAUUUUUACUGGAGUAGUGGUGGAUAUCCUUGUUGAGGAAGAUAUGAUUACAUCAGUGCUAAGUUUAGAUCAUAUCUGCGCCCAAACAUCUCAGGAACUUACACAAUUUAUACCAACUCAGAUAGAGGAGCUAGACUUUAUGUUGAAGGAACAGCAAAGAUCAAUUAUUGGAACUCUAAUACAAAUGGACUGAGAGGUUUCUCAAUGGCUUUAACUAAGGAUACUAACUACUACAUAGAAGCUCACUACCAAGAAACUACUAGCUCAACUUAUUAUUAUUUAGAAUGGAUAGUUCCAGGAACAUCAAGGAUUGUUGUACCUCCAGCUAACUUUGUUUGGCCCGAGUUUGUUACAACUGCUCCCUUCACAAUCGAUAUUGUCUGUCCAACCGGAUAUACCCACACAAACACAGACCACCCUAACGAAUGCUACCCCGUGUGUGGAGACAGCAUGAGGGUCGGAGCCGAAGUCUGCGAUGAUGGAAACACUCUCUCGAAUGAUGGAUGCGCAGAAGAUUGCCUCUCGGUAGAGACCAACUGCACCUGAACUGGCGGUAGCACCUCACAAGCCGACUACUGCUCGUGCCUGACCAGCUUCGUGAACGAAACAGUGGUCGAAGAAUAUUCCACUGCUUCCAAAGUGAUGGUCUUCGCAGUCUUCGGAGUGUUCACCUCUGUGUCAGUAGCCGCCAUCGUAGUUGCCGUUAUUGUGGAGUUGAGACAGCCAAUCCAGUACUCACAGAUCCAGCAGAGAAGCAUUCGAGUCACACAGAAAGUCAAGGUGGAUGCUCAGAAGAAGAUCGAAGCAGACAGAAGGAAGAGAAGCACCAGAUACGAAGCUUAAGUAAUUACUGUAAAGUU